AUGGAAGUUGUGAUUGCUCAUCGAAAGGAAUUUCUAGCAAUAAGGUUGCUGAUGUUGAAACUUUUCGACAAGAAAAUAUUUUUAUGGACUUUAAGAAGAUUGAAAAAAGAAAAAAGUGAGGAAACUUUAGAAGAUUUUUCCAUUAGGAUGUCUCCACGUUUACUUGGCUCUUGGCUGCUUAGGCGUCAUGAAUUAUCAGAGACAGUUCAUUUGUUGUUUAUAAAAGGCUCUCGGCAAAAAAAAAUGAAGUUUCAUCGCAAAGCCGGAAGCUUAGAACGGAUUUGGGCAAAAUGUUUCGAUCUUCCGACAAGCCUAUCUUCCUCCAUGUCAUUUCCUUCUUUGUUUGACAUCAAUUUUUGCUCAUUAUGGAUAUUGAGUUUGACGUUUUGGAAGCUUAAGUAA